AGCUUGAAUCAGGAAGUCUCAGAGGGAACAUGUGGUUUGGCUGUGCUUCUGUCAGGGAAGAAGAGCUGCAGGUUUAGAGCGAGCAACACCUCUGUCCUCUUGUGCUCCAAACAGAAUGAACAAAUCUUGCACAGGCAUCAACUUUAACUUUCAAAGGCAGUUCCUGCCUCCCGUCUACUCCUGCGUGUUCAUCGUCGGGCUGCUUGCUAAUGGAUGGGCACUCAAGUGUUUGCUGCAGAACUGGAAGAAACUCGGAUGUGUCAACGUCUUUGUUCUUAACCUCGGACUUGCUGACAUUCUCUACCUGCUCACCCUUCCGUUUCUCAUGGUGUACUACAUCAAAGAUGAAUGGAUUUUUGGACAAACUGCCUGUAAGAUUACAAGAUUUCUUUUCAGUGUGAACUUGUACUGCAGCCUUGGAUUCCUCACCUGUAUCAGUGUGUACAGGUACCUGGCCAUAGUGCAUCCGAUGAGAGUGCACGGAAGAAUGACUGUGACUCGUUCAGUAGCGAUCUCAGCUUUUGUUUGGACCUUGGUGAUUGUUCAAAGUUUUCCAGGUGUCUUCUUUCUCAAAACAAAUGCAAACAAGUCUGGCUGCUUUGACACCACCGUCACGGAGUACGUUGAGGAUUACAUGAGGUACAGCCUGGGGUGGACUUUCACCGGCUUCGUUAUCCCGUCUGUCAUCACACUGGGCUGUUACGGACACAUAAUUGUUGUUCUCUGCCGCAAAAAUAACGUGGAUAAAGUGUUAAAGGGAAAAACCCUGAAGCUGAUGAUCGUCUUGAUCGUUCUCUUCUCUGUUUGCUACAUUCCCUAUCAUGUCUUUAAGAAUUUAAACCUCUGGUCAAGAGUUCUGCGAAAACAAGACAAAUGCUUCGGAUGGUUCAAUGGGGUCUACAUUACACAUCAGAUGUCUCGGGGUCUCGUGUCUCUGAACAGUGCUCUAAAUCCACUGGUUUACCUCUUCGUCAGUGAGGACAUAGCUGUUCAGAUCAGAAAACUGCACGAUGGAUUGCGUCAAAUUUCUACCUGUCUGUUUACUAAUAAUCAAAACUAACCUCUGUCUGUCUAAAAUAUUUGACUGCAUUGUUUGCUUUUCUUGCUCAGAGCAAAUACUUGUUCUCAGGAACAAGUAUUUGUUUUUUUUUUUGUUUGGUUUUUUUCAUCACUUUGAAAUUUUUCAAAGGUUAACUGCUUUGUCCGUCCGGUAGUGAUGGUAUAAAAAUAGCUCAUCAGCCAAACUGCUAACACUGUAUUGUCAUAGGUUUGCUCUCUCUGCAGUCGUUUUAAAAUCAUUGCAGGUAAAUAUAAUGAAAACAGGAUGGAAAAUCUUACUGUUACACCAACAUCAGCUUGUGAAAUAAUGUUUAAUCUUUAUUUAAUUUCUGGUCAUUUCCUUAGAAUUUGUUCUCGUCAAUGUGUUAUUUAAUUUGCUUAAUUUGUUGUCAGUUGUUAAAUGU